AAUUUCCGUCCAUCUCCAUCUCAUCAACAAUGUCCUUUUGCACCAGCGCCAUUGCUGGUCCGUCCCGGCUGCCGGCGUGCGCGGGACGCGUGAUCGCGGCCCAGUCGGUCACGCGCGCAUCCGCCCCCGCCUCGCGCCGGUACGCGUCGUCGCGCUCGUCUACCGACCAGGAGAAGCGCGAGCGCUCGUACAACACCUGGCUGUCCGAGGUCGGAUGGCAGUACAAGACGCCCGAGCGCGGCGCCAAGGCCAAGUGGCUCGGCGGGGAUGUGCCGUUCGAGUCCAACCCCUCGUUCAAGCCCCCUCCGCCCCUCUCCAACGACCUCCAGAACAUCAUCUACAAGGAGCUCCGGGCCGGCAAGAAGACGCUCGGCGAGAUCUCGCAGGCCUACUCGAUCUCCAAGAACCGUAUCCUCGCCAUUGGCAAGCUCAAGGCUGUCGAGGAAGAGUUUAGGCGCCAGGUACGUUGUCCAUCGGCUCGGUUCGGCGUGCCCUCCAUCCCCUCCACCUUCCUUCCUGAUGAGAAACAAAUAUGA